AUGAAAAAAGGUCUUGUCCAUCUAAUCGACGUUCGAUACGUGCAUUUAAAAACAAAAGAUCGUGGUAUGGUAUUGGUUCCAUCAGCAAUCGUUUAUGUCAACGCUUUUACAGUCUUUCCCGCAGAUGACGAAGCGAAUGCUGGCUUUUUGGAUAUGACCAAACCACCGACAACUGAUGCAACAAAACCAUCAGAGUCAUCACCAGCAUUACCAGCAACUAGUACUUCGAAACAAAAGCCGUUAAAGAUGAAAUUUGAGUCGGAACCAGCUGGGUCCUUCAAAAAAUCGUCAUUGAAUGAAAAACUAUGA